GUCGGGCAUGAGGAAGUAAACAUGUGUAUCCUGCACCACGUUAGCAGAAGUAACGCACUGGGUUUUCUGCAGGUUUGGAAUUAAUUUGCACUUAAGAGCUGUUAAAACAGCAAAGGAAAGCAGUGGCCGAAGGUUAUGUUGUAACAACUCUUCUUUUUGUCUUUAUUGUAAGAAGACGUUAAGAAAUGGCGACGGCUGACGACUUGCAGUUUCAAGAGUUUGACAAUGCAGCUAAUUUACUAGCAGCAAAUCCUGAUGCCACUACAAUAUCCAUCAGAGAUGCUAGAGGAAAGGCAGAAAAGCGUGGUGCUUUGGGAGACCUGGGAAGAGAAGAGGAUGAUGAUUUGUUGGGUCAUGAAGAUUCAGAUAAAACUGAGUUGCUUGCUGGACAAAAGAAAAGUGCCCCUUUCUGGACCUUUGAGUAUUAUCAAACAUUUUUUGAUGUUGAUACUCGUCAGGUUCUAGAUAGAAUUAAAGGAUCAAUUUUGCCUAUACCUGGCCGUAAUUUUGUGAGGCUGUACAUUCGCAGUAAUCCUGAUCUGUAUGGUCCUUUCUGGAUAUGUGCCACACUAGUGUUUGCGAUUGCAAUAAGUGGAAAUAUCUCCAACUUUAUUCUGCACCUUGGUGACUCAUCUUACAACUAUAUGCCAGAAUUUAGAAAAGUUUCCAUUGCUGCUACUGCAAUCUACUCGUAUGCCUGGCUAGUUCCUCUGGCCCUCUGGGGUUUUUUGGCAUGGAGAAAUAACAAAGUUGUGAACAUUGUCUCUUACUCUUUCUUGGAGAUCGUGUGUGUUUAUGGCUAUUCAUUGUUCAUCUACAUUCCAAUAGCUAUCCUUUGGAUAAUUCAGAAUGAGUGGGUUCGAUGGGCCUUGGUAGUUUUUGCUAUGUGCCUUUCAGGGUCCGUCUUGGUAAUGACUUUCUGGCCUGCCGUAAGAGAUGAUAAUCGAAGAGUUGCCAUAGCUACUGUUUCAGCAAUUGUUCUUCUCAAUUCUCUUCUUGCUGUUGGCUGCAAGGUAUAUUUUUUUCAUCCACCUGAUAUGAAAAUUAAUCUUCCCCUUUCUGAUGCAACUGUUGUGCCUUUCAGUAACCAGACACGUGCAGCUGGAAGGACUCAUUAGGAGUCAAGUACUACCUCCUUCCCAGAUCACCAGAAAACAGGAGAAAUCUACACAAUUCAGAGACAGAGAUUUAAGUCAAGCCAUGGAUCACAGAGAAACCCAGUUUUUUCAGGAUUCCACAAUACAUCUUCCUGCUCGAGGCCUCUCCCUAAGAUCAGGGUCUCAUUUAGGGAGAAAUUUUCCUCGAGGAAGACCAAGAAGAACACGGAAUCGCUGAACAUUUCAGAUGCAUCUACUUCGAAUGUUGACUUGUUUCCCAAUUCUGACAUAUUUAGCUAUUCAAACACUGAAGUGUUUCAUUUAACUGAUAGGAACCUUGAUGAUAGUUGUUAGUCUUAUAAAAUUGGGGUUCUCUUUCAUUCCUGCUCGUCGUGUAGACAUUUCUUCCCUUCCAUUAGAUCUUAGGCUAUAUGUUAGAAAGUUGAACCUUAAAUUAUUACAUCUUAAAAAUACUGCUAAUGAUGAUGUUGAUGAUGAUGAUGAUAUUAGUAAUGACCAUACUGAUUCUAUACUGAAACUACCGAUCAGAAACAGCCUUUAUAAUACCCCUUUAUGUAAUACUUUACAGAUUUUUUUAAAACUAUGUGAGAAAGACUUACGUCACCUGUUGACUGUUAAAGAUACACACAAAUGGUUUAAUCUGUCUAAUUCUCAAUUGUCUGCUUUACAUACUUUAAUUAGUGAUAAAUCCCUAAGAAUAAUGAAAGCUGACAAGGGCUAUGGUAUUGUUUUAAUGGAACAGAAUAGAUAUACUCAGACCUUAUUAAAAUGUCUAACCAACAGUGAAUUUUACUCCCCUGCUUCUAUGUCUGAUGUUGAAAAGGCCUUUUUAACCACUGACAAUAAAUACCAUUACAGAUUUACAUGACAAUUUAAUUUCAGAAAUGGAAGUUUCCUUUAUGAAUGUCACUAAUCCACACCUUGGAAAAUUUUUUGGGAUCCCUAAGAUCCAUAAAGAUCUUGUUAACCCUUCUUUUAGACAUAUUGUGUCAAAAAAAAACUGAGGGUAUAGCUAAAUAUAUAGAUUUAAUUUUAAAUCCAGUUGUACAGAAUUCCCCUUUUUUCCUAAGCGACUCAUGGGAUUUCUUAAAUUUGUUGCACGCAAAUCCACCCCCCUUGCUCUGACAUUAUUCUGGUUACCUUGGAUAUUGAAUCUUUAUACACUAAUAUUCCUCAUGACAUGGGUAUUUCUUAUCUAAACAACUAUCUUAAGUGUACUAAUUUUUCUUCAGAUAGAAUUAAUACAAUCAGUACUUUAACUUCUUUAGUUUUAUCUAGCCAUUUUCUUUUAUUUCACAGACAUUUAACUAACAAUUUUCUUUUAUUUCACAGACAAGAUAUUUCAUCAGACUAAGGGUGUUGCUAUGGGAGCUAAAUUAGCACCAGCCUAUGCUAAUUUGGUACUAGCUUGGUGGGAAAUUAAUUCUUUGGUAUCUCUACCAGAUUUUAAUCAGGUAUACCUUUGUAGAAAAUACAUUGACAGCCUGUUUUUUGUAUGGAGGGUUACUGAUAAUCUUCAUUUAUUUAUUAAUCAGAUAUCUAAUAGUAUCCCUUUCCUUAAAUUUAAAAUUUCAGUCAGUGGUAAGGUAGUUAGCUUUCUAGACAUACAAAUCACUUUUAAUUCCAACACACUUUCUUGGCCAUCCUCUAUUUAUAGGAAAAGUACCUUCAGAAAUAAUUAUUUACACUACUCCAGUGUGCACCCCCAGUUUAUUAAGCACAACAUGGCUAAAGGGCAAUAUAUUAGACUUUCCAGAAUUAUUUCUGAUGAUUCCUCCUUUUUAAAUGAAUGUCUUAUUUUCACUAAAUUCUUAUUGGAUAGAGGAUACCAUAAUAGCUUGUUACAAUCUAUCUUUACAGAGAUUAAAUCACUAAGACACACCAAGUUUCCUCCCAUUAUAUUAAUUGGUUUUAUUCCUAAACACAACAAUGUACUUCCACAUCAUAACUAUAUACCUCCCACACCUACAGGUCUCUCUCCUUCUCAGCAUUCUCCUACACCCACCAACACUGGAACCGAUAGUUGUUCUUAUUUCCCCAUUCCUAUAUGUAGAGACUCUAAUGCUAUUAAAAGAGUAUUUUGCAAUAAUUGGGAUAUUUUGACCUCUAGUCAGGAUAUCAAAUUUAAGUUGGGUUCCAGUCCUGUUUUUACACACAAGAAAAUUAAAUCUCUACAGUUAAUGUUAGAAAAUAGAGACCACCCCUUUUUAGUAUCUCCACCAGUUGCUCACCAAAUUCAAGGUAUGUUCAUUUGUAAUAAAUGCAUAGUUUGUAAAUGGAUCUUCACUGGUAGUAGUUAUACCUUUAAACACAACAAUUUUUUAGUUGAAUUUAAAGGCUAUUUUGAUUGUAAUUCUAUGUUUGUUGUAUACACUGCUAUUUGUACCACCUGUUUUUCAUUCUAUAUUGGCAAAACCAUACGUAAGCUGUCUACCAGAAUUAAAGAACACCUUACAGCUAUUAGAAAGAGCGAUCCUAAUAAUGCAUUAGCUAAACACAGCAUUUCUUUUACUACCUUUACUGGAUUUAAUUUCUUUGUAUUAGACUGUGUACCUUUAGUUUUUGGAGACAAAAACAUUUACUUGGAGGUUAAAUAAUUACGUUGGCAACUUUUGUUAAAUGCUGAAGCUCCCCCAGGCUUAAAUGAACACUUAAACAUAUUAGAUGUGCUUUGAAGUGGAACUUAUAACCUUAAGCAGUUACUCCUUAUCUGGUAUCACUUAGGGAUUAUAAUUUUCUAUUACAUAUUCAUGAUUUACUGUACAUUAGUUGAAUAUUCAUGCUUCACUGUUCUCAUGAAUAUUCAUGAUUCUAUGAGUAUGGCUCCUCAUUGGUUCUAUUUGUUUGAUGUCACUAACUCAUUAUUUUUCCUUAUAUACUGACAGUUUCAACUGUGAUUUUAUGCAUUCUGAUGAAGUCCGGCACAAUAAAACUGGAUAAAAGCACUAAA